AUGCAAGAUGCCCGGGUUGCGUGCAGGCAGCUUGGCUGCGGCUCGCCUCUUGGUGUGAUGCACUAUUUCCCUUCGAGCAACUGGUACCCGUAUGUGAUGACGGAGGUGAAUUGUGUGGGCUCUGAAGAGUAUUUGUGGUACUGCCCUUACAAGGAAGAGUACUCUGGCUGUUAUCACGGGGACGCUUCUGUCAUAUGCUCAGACUCGGGACUAACAGUGCCUCCGCCAACAGGGACCAGCUCCUGUGGUGGCUUGCUUCAGGGUUGGUCCGGCUCAUUCCAGAGCCCGGGCUACCCCAACUCCUACCCCAACAGCGCCCGCUGCGUGUGGCGCAUACGGCUGCGGGAGCCGGAUCGCAGAGUGGAGCUCCAGUUUUCAGAUGUCGAGCUGGAAGACAGCAGCUGCCGGUACGACGCCAUCGAGGUGUACGACGGCGGGUCCCCCGGGGGCCCGCUCCUGGGGACCGUUUGCUGGAACAACCAUCGCGUCUUCAGGUCAUCCGGGCACCAGCUGACCGUCCUGUUUCGCAGUGACGGCAGCGUCACCCGGAGAGGUUUCCAGGCACACUACUACUCGAUUCCCGCCUCCAGCAGCACCGCAGGGACCAGCUCCUGUGGUGGCUUGCUUCAGGGUUGGUCCGGCUCAUUCCAGAGCCCGGGCUACCCCAACUCCUACCCCAACAGCGCCCGCUGCGUGUGGCGCAUACGGCUGCGGGAGCCGGAUCGCAGAGUGGAGCUCCAGUUUUCAGAUGUCGAGCUGGAAGACAGCAGCUGCCGGUACGACGCCAUCGAGGUGUACGACGGCGGGUCCCCCGGGGGCCCGCUCCUGGGGACCGUUUGCUGGAACAACCACCGCGUCUUCAGGUCAUCCGGGCACCAGCUGACCGUCCUGUUUCGCAGUGACGGCAGCGUCACCCGGAGAGGUUUCCAGGCACACUACUACUCGAUUCCCGCCUCCAGCAGCACCGCAGAAGAUUAUUCUUGUGGCGGCUUGCUUUCCUCUCCAUCUGGGACAUUACAGAGUCCAUUUUACCCCAGAAAUUAUCCGAACAAUGCCAACUGUGUUUGGGAAAUAGAAGUAAAGAGCAACUUCCGUGUCACACUCACAUUUAGAGAUGUUCAGAUGGAAGGUGGCAGAUGCCUGUCUGACUAUGUGGAAGUCUAUGAUGGGCCACUCCAUACCUCUACUCUCCUUGGGAAAUUUUGUUCUGGUUAUUUUCACACAUACACAUCUUCCUCAAACCUGCUGACUGUCCGAUUUUACAGUAACUCUCGAUACACAUACAGAGGCUUUCAGGCUGACUAUUAUUCCACUCCGGCAGAUCAGAGCACUACACUGUUGUGUUUGCCAGACUACAUGCAUGCAGUUGUGAGCAGGUACUACCUUCAGUCACACGGCUACUCUGCUUGGAAUCUCUCCUUGAACGACCCCUAUUGCAAACCCAACAUUACAUCAGAGUAUGUUAUAUUCGACAUACCGUACACUCGCUGCGGCACAGUGAGAGAGGGAAACAACAACACAAUAACCUAUUCCAACAUUAUUAGAGGAUCCUCUUCUGGUUCUGUAAUCACAAGAAAUAAAAAUCUUCACUUGCAUGUCAACUGCAAAAUGCUUCAGAACACAUGGGCACAAAUAAUGUAUGUUGCGGACGACAAUUUUGAAGUCAAUGAAACUCAGUACGGCAGAUAUGAUGUAAACCUUACAUUUUAUCAUUCUGCAUCCUUCUCGUGGCCAGUGAAUGACUCACCAUACUAUGUUGAUAUCAACCAGAAUUUGUUCCUUGAAGCUUACCUGCACAGCUCUGAUCCAGACCUGGUGUUGUUUGUGGACACAUGUGUGGCAUCGCCCACUCCCCACAAUUUUACGACAGUAACCUAUGAUAUAAUCAGGAAUGGGUGUGUUCGAGAUUCUACCUAUGCUACGUAUUAUUCACCCUACAGACACAUAGUCCGGUUUACAUUCAAUGCCUUCCAGUUUAUUCGUAACAACCCAUUGGUUUACCUGCAGUGUGAACUAGUGGUGUGCAGGGCCUAUGACUAUUCUUCCAGAUGCUACCAAGGUUGUAUUACUAGGUCCAAGAGAGAGGCAAGCUCUGGCCAAGAAAUUGUGACAGUUGUUGCUGGCCCAAUACAGCUUCAGGAAGCUGGUGCUGAGAAGAGGGAUACACCUGCUUUUAAAUAA